AUGACGAGAUUGAUGAAGUUAUCGAAUCUCGAAUAAAGGAGUGGAAAAACUUAAUCAAUAUUCUGAAAACAAUCAAAGGUGAAGUUUUUGCUAAAUCUCAUUGGGAUGAAUUAUUAUCUCUGAUUGAUUAUCAAUCGAUGCCAGUUGAAACCCUCAAGUUGCGACAUUUGUAUGAUAAAAGUGAAAUUUUGCUGACAAUUAAGGAUCAAUUGAGAGCAUUAAAUGAUCGAGCCCUUGGUGAACAAUCAGUUAGACAAACAUUCACCGAAUUGGAAUCAUUAGCGGCUUCUGCUAAAUUUGAUCUGACCAAGUAUUCGAUGGAUUCUGGCGAACAAGUUUCACUAAUUAAAAAUUGGCGAUCAAUUUUAACCUCAAUCUCUGAGUCAAUUGUUACACUUAAUUCAGUUAAAGGAUCAGAUUAUUUUGACCAUUCGUUUGCUGAAUCGGGGUCACAAUGGGAAUCACGAUUAACUGGCCUUAAUCUAACGAUCAAUUCACUAAACACUGUCCAACGUAAAUGGACUUACUUAGAGCCAAUAUAUAGUCGAAAUCAAGGACCAGAGAUCUUCAAUGAUUCCUCUUUCACCUUGGCCUCGAGGGAUUUUAUUACCAUCAUGAAAACGAUUGAAACCGAUUGUCAUGUCAUCCGAUUACUGAGAAUUCCAAGUUUACCUGAAAGAUUAACAUCCAUAGAUCAACACUUGAGUUCUUGUCAGAAAAAGUUGAACCUUUUCAUGGAAGAAUCGAGAAAUCGUUUCCCUCGAUUCUAUUUUCUUGCCGAUGACGAUUUACUUUUAGUUCUUGCGGGUAAAACCUCGAUCACUGAAUCAGGACUAUUGAAGAAAUUGUUCAACAAUACAAUAAAUAAGAUCAUAUUUGACGGGAACAGUUCAACAGCCGUCGAAUCGCCCGAAGGUGAACAGAUUCGCCUUCGAAGUCCAGUUACUGUUAAUUUCCAAGGAGGAUCCAUUGAGAUUGAAAAUUGGCUUCGAAAUAUUGAAAGCGAAGUUUCCAAAUCAUUGAAAAUCGAUCUGUUUGACUGUUUAGGUCGAGGUCAUAAUAGCGACGAUCUCGUUUGGUCGGCACCCUCACAAAUCGUUUCUUUAGUCCAGUGGAUCCGUUGGACAGCAUCUACCGAAGAUUGUAUUCGGCAAAGUAGAUUGAAAAUAUUACAAAAUGAUUUAGCUCGACAAUUAAGUGACCUUAUUAGAGAAGCUUUCAAGGUCACUGAUUUGGUUAUUAAGAUCAAGAUUCGAUCUAUGGUCUUAGAUGUAAUUCAUUUUAUCGACGUAAUUGAACAACUAUUAACGACCAAUGUAUCGGACGUUGAUGAUUGGAGAUGGAGGAAACAAUUAAGGUACUACGCUGAUAUUGAUCGGCAAACAGUUUCCGUGGCCAUGGGAUUGUCGACAGUUAAUUAUUCAUUUGAUUACAUUGGUUGUUAUGGGUCAGCUAAAUUGGUUCACACUCCAUUGACCGAUAAAUGUUUUCUCGUGCUGAUGCAAGCUUUAUCUAUGGGUCUUGGCGGUAAUCCCUAUGGUCCAGCGGGAACGGGAAAAACUGAGACUGUGAAAGCGCUUGGACAUCAUUUGGGUCGUCAAGUGUUGGUUUUUAAUUGCGAUGAAGCGAUUGAUGUUAAGGCCAUGACUCGAAUAUUGAUUGGACUAAUUAAAUGUGGAUCUUGGGGUUGUUUUGAUGAAUUUAAUCGUCUACAAGUUGAAGUACUUUCCUCUUUGUCGACGCUUCUUCAUUCAAUUCAAUUGGGUUUCAAAGGUUCCACUGAUUCAAUCCAGUUAAAUGGACCCAAUGGACACGAGAUUAAAUUUAAUCGAAACUCUGGUAUUUUUGUUACUCUUAAUCCCGCUGGUAAACAAUACAGAGGUCGUAAUGAGCUUCCCGAUAAUCUUAAGGCCUUGUUCCUUCCGGUGGCCAUGACGGUUCCUGAUUCAGCCUUAAUUGCCAGAGUGUUACUUUUAUCUGAAGGAUUUAGUUUACCUGAAUCUGAACCAUUGGGUCGUAAGGUAACUGCUUGGUUCAAUUUGGCUAAAGAUUCAAUGUCUUACCAGAAACAUUAUGAUUGGGGACUGAGAGCAAUUAAAUCAUGUUUAUCGUCAUGUGGUCGAGCCCUUAGAUCUCCGUCACAAUCAACAGAGAUCAACGAAAUUAACAAAGAACAAUCAAUCAUAAUCCAAUCCCUUGGAAGACAAGUUAGAUCAAAAUUAAUCGCUGAAGAUCAACAACGUUUUACCGAUUUGAUAACUGAUGUUUUUGGCCUGAAAGAUUCUGAUCUUGAUUGUUUAAAAUUAACAACCACUUUGGAUGUUGAUGUAUUGAAACAAAUCUACAAUGAAUUAGGAUUGACUUUUGAUGAUAAACAAAUUGAGUCGAUUGGUGUUCUCAAUGAACAAUUAGACUCUCGCCUUGGUGUUGCCGUUAUCGGCCCGUCGGGUGUCGGUAAAUCAACAAUUUGGAGAGUCCUGAUGGUCUACAAACGCAAAGCUCAAUCGAUCAACGUGGUUCCAGUGAUUGUCAAUCCUAAAUCAAUGACUAGAGUUCAAUUGUUGGGAUACAUUGAUGAGGAUACUCGCGAAUGGCAAGAUGGAGUAUUAACUAAAUUGACUCGAUCAAUUGCUCGAGAUGAAGGUCCAUAUCAUUUUUGGUUGAUUUUCGACGGGGAAAUUGACCCUGACUGGGUCGAAGCUCUUAAUUCCGUUCUUGAUGACAAUCAUGUUCUAACUUUACCUUCAGGUGAACGAAUUGAUUUCGAUUUGAACAAAAUAUCAAUUCUUUUUGAAACAACAUCGCUUCAACAUUCAUCUCCGGCGACAAUUUCCCGUGUUGGCCUAAUCUCUUUGAAUGUUCCCGUUUCUAGUCUUGUUUUACAAUCGACAAUUAAUUUUCUUAGAUUAUCAAUUACAGUCGAUGAAGUGAUGAAGAUUUUACCGAAUUCGUCUAAUCAGAUUUUCUCAACGAUUUGUACAUCAUGUCAACUGUUGAGAUAUUCGGCCAGCAGAUCACUUUCACCGAUCGAAAUACUUCAUUUGCUCAACGAAAAUAGAACCAGUGUUAAACCCGAUUACUCCAUCGGUCGGUUGAUUGUUACAUCUUCAUUAACUUCUACCAUCGAUUUAAUUACUAAACUAAAUGAAGAUCGUCAACAUAUUUUACUGAUCGGACCAAAUGGUUCGGGUAAAAAUCUAAUCGUUCACGAAGUUAUAUUGAAAUCGACGACUUGGAUUUCACUUAAUUGUGUACCAACAAGUUCACCAAUCAAGUUGAUUGAACUGAUCAAGGGAAUUUGUCAAGAAACUCAAUCCCCAGGGACUGGUAAUCGAAAGCUUCUUAAACCUAAACAUGGAGGACUAAUUGUGAUCUAUUUACGUAAUUUAGAGUUGAUUCAAUCCGAUUCCUGGAAUUGUGUUACUUUAAUUACAUUUCUUACAACUUUAAUUACUUAUAAAGGUUUUCAUGAUCCCGAUUCCAAGGAUUGGAUGAUCUUGGAAGACUUUCAAAUCGUAGCGACAGUUAAUGAGAUAAAAUAUCUCGAUAAUAGAUUCUUAUCAUUAGUUAAUUGCGUUCAAUCACCACAAUUAUCAGCCACAGAGAUUCAAACAAUCAUCCAAUCUAAAAUUGGUCCAGAUAAACAAUGGGCAACGUUAUUUGCCUCAGGAUUUCAUCGUUUAGCCUCAUCAGCGAUUGACUUGAUCUCCUCAUCAAUUCCCAUUCUUUCCGCUGCAACCCAAGCAAUCAACUUAAUCAAUUUCUAUGAGACGAUUACCAAUGAUGUAUUAAAACGUGAAUCUCUACGAGCAUUAAUCAAUUACGUUCCAAUUUAUCAUAUCCACUCCCUGGAAACUACUUGUCAUUCAAUCUUUGGUUCAACUAAUUCAUCGACAAUUAAAUACUCGAUUCGUUUGAAUUUCGGUGACAAUAUAACGCUAAUCGAAGCACAAGAAACUAUUGAUUUCUUUGAGCAGUCGUUUCAAUCGUACAUUUCAACGAGUGAGAUUAGACUAUCUAAAAUCGCACUGAUUCCGGAAGUUCUUGCUCUUUUCUCAAAAGUUUCCGUGUUUCUUGGCGAUCCAACGAUUGGAAUCAGUGGAUUAGUCUUAUUAGGACCAUCGGGGUCAUCUCGUAAAUUGUCAUGUAAGAUAAUCGCCAAUCUUUAUGGAUAUGAAACAAUUUGGUUUCCCAAAUUUUCAACAGAGAAACAGUUAAUUGCUGAUCUAAAAUCGACUCUUGAUUGUGAGGCUGAAAAUGGUAAAAACGAUCGGAUUAUUAUUCUAAUUGAUCAAAUUCACUUUGAUUUGUUUCCCUUUUUAUGUGAAAAAUUAUCUGACCUUUUGUUAACUUAUUCUGGUCCAUUAAUUGUUCGUGUUUUAUUGAUUAUGAACAAUUUAACUUCGCCAAAUGAUCGUAUUUGGUCUCGUGCCUGUAGUUCAAUUCACCCUGUUCGUCCUUGGUCUGAAUCAAGUCUAACCGAUUUACCGAAAUACUUAUUACCCCAUUUAUCUGAUUUGGAAACAAUUAGUAAACAAUUCGUUCAGUUGUACAAUAUUUUCCCUGAGGUGGCUGGUGAUUGUAGACGUUACCUUUCAUUUAUUUUGACCUUUGACAUGAUACGAAGUCACAAAGUCUCACAACUAGAUGGCCAAAGAGGGAGACUUGAAAAAGGAUUAGGUAAAUUGGAGGAAGCAUCAGCUGAGGUGGAAAAGCUUCAAGCUGAGGCGACAAGUCAACAAGCUGUUUUAGCCUCGAAAAGGUCAGAGGCCGAUGCAGCAUUGAACAUGAUCACAACCUCUAUGCACGACCAUGAAGGUCAAAAGGUUGAACUGGAACAGAUUAGACAACAAACCGAAAGAGAAUCAUCAAUAUUGACCAAAAGAAAAGGAGAAAUCGAACUGGAACUCAAAGAGAUUGAACCAAUUCUUCAAGAAGCUAAAGCAGCCGUUGGGGGAAUCAAAUCAGAGUCAUUAUCGGAAAUCAGGUCACUUCGAGCUCCACCUGAAGUUAUUCGUGAUAUAUUGGAAGGAGUUCUUCGUUUAAUGGGAGUCUCAGAUACUUCAUGGGUCUCAAUGAAAUCAUUUCUAUCUCGUCGCGGAGUAAAAGAUGAAAUUAUCAAUUUCGAUGCUCGAAAAAUAACACCAGAUAUUCGGGGACGAGUUGAAAAUGCUAUUAAAAGCAAGCCCGAUUCGUUCGAUGAGAAACAGGCCAAACGGGCGUCAGUCGCAGCAGCACCAUUAGCAAAUUGGGUUAAGGCCAAUUUGUCUUAUUCAAAAGUGUUACACAAAAUUAAACCUUUGGAGGAUGAACAGUCUCGUCUUCAGUCAAACUUGCGAUCGGCACAGAACCGGAUGAAAGCUUUGGCCUCUGAACUGACCGGAGUCGAGAGAGAGGUUGGCUCACUUAGAGAUAAACUAAACCAGGUGACCAUUGAAGCUGCUCAAAUCGAGAUUGGCCUGAACAAAACGAACGCCAUUUUAUCGGAAAGUCAAGAGUUAAUCGGUGAAUUAAGCUCAGAAUAUGAAAGAUGGAAGAAACAAUUAAUCGAAAUCAAUAAUUCUUAUUCAACUCUUUCCUCGAAAAGUCUAAUUGUUUCAGCUUAUAUUCACUUCACCGGACAUCAAGUAUCAUCGAGCGCUAAAAGAUCAAUUCUAGAAACUUUAUGUUCGACUCUUGGAAUGGAAACAUUUUCAAUCAAGGAUUUUAUCGAUAUCCAAAGAGAAGAUGAAGUUUUCUAUGCUUUUCGAACUCACCUAUUAACCCCUGUUCUAAUUGAUCCUUCUCGUAAAUGUUUGACUUCUAUUGGUAAAUCAAGUGAACUUAUCGAUACAACUCGAAGUGAUUGGCUCCGAUUGGUUGAAUUGGCCCUUCGAUUUGGUAAAAGCAUCGUUCUGGACAAUAUAUCUGAUCCAUCGAUUGGACUAAUCUCAUUGCUGCGAUUUGAUGUUUUUGGAGUUGAAGGUUCCCGAUAUUACACUUACCUUGCAGAUAAACGAGUAGAUUUCAACUCUAAUUUCCGAUGUUACUUGUUGACCCGAUCAAUUGACCACAACAAUCAAAAGGAUUUAACCUCAUGGCCUUUGGUUAACGUCAUCGAUUUAUCGCCAAGUAACGAUACAACUGAACUAAAUUUACUCCGUUUAACAAUCACCAUUCGUAGGCCUGAAUUGGAGGAGAGGAAAUCAUCAGUUGAUGAAACAUCUCGAGGAUUAAUGAGCAAACUACAAGGAUUAGAGGAUCAGUUGUUAAUUACUCUCAAUUCAUCAACUGGUAACAUUUUAAACGAUGGUGAAUUAGUGUCCAGUUUAAAGGACAUCAAAUCAUCGGCUCGUGAUAUUGAAGCCUCACUAAUUGAGUCUAGAAACUUGACCAUUGACAUUGACCGUGAACGUCAACAAUAUCAACCAUUAGCAUCAAUGGGAUCACUUUUAUUUCACACGAUCAAAGAUUUGUCCAAUUUACGAUCAAUUUAUUCAUUUGGUAUUGAUGAGUUCGAAUCACUUUAUUCUCGAACUCUAAUGGAGACGAAAAAUAUUACAGAAGAGAAACUUUUAUCAUCGGUUUAUAGUUAUAUUGGUCAAGCCUUAUUCCCUCAGGAUAAGGCCAUUUUUCAUCGAUAUCUUGAAUCGGUGAUUCCACAAUUUCGUCAUGUUGAUGAUAAUGACAAUCAAAAUCUUCGUGUUUUCUUGAAAUCUUGCUAUUCUUCAUCUAAUUGUCGCAUUGUCAUGAUCAUCACCUCCAAAGGUACUGAUCCCAGUGGAGAGAUUCGUGAAUUAUUUACAAGCCAACAAUCAACUGAUUCCAAGGUGAAUCAUCAUUUUUACUCGAUGGGCGCUGAUGUGAUACCAAUAGUCGAGAAUUUGUUGAUAAAUGAUAAUCUUCAUCUUUCAUCAUCUUCUUCUUCAUCUAUCAUUUGUUUAUCAAAUCUCCAUGUUAUCCUUGAUUGGUUACCAACAUUAUCCCGACUGUUAUCAUCUCGAAAAGUUAAUUGUGAUCAGAAUAAAACUCAACCAUCGUUUAUUGUUCUGGUUACUCAGAUUCAUGAUCGUAUUCCAGUUUCACUUCUUGAAUUAUGCGUCAAAUUUGUUUACCUUUCCUCUCCUGGAUUAAGAGAUUCAAUUGAUUAUCUUGAAUCCGAGAAUGAAUCUAAUCUAAUUGCUGGAAAAGCAAAAUCUAAAUCUACUCAACAAAUAUCUCGGUUAACUUAUUUACAUAGUAUCGUUUGUGAGAGGUGCAAUUAUGUGCCAAUUGGUUGGACAAAAAUCUACGACUUUGGAUUCAAUGAUUAUCGUAUGGCGACUAAUUUAAUUGAGACAAUUAAAUCAAGUCAAGAUCGUCGAUUACAGUUACAAUAUAUUCGUGGUAUUAUGUCUUGUGUACUUUAUGGUGCUCGUUUGGACACACAAAUGGACUUGGAAAUACUAUCAGCUCUAUUGAGAAAAUGGUUCAACUCAUCGGAUACAAUUAACAGAUCAUCUCUUGAUGAGAAGAGUGAUUUUAAUCUACUUGGAUUAGCACCGAAUGUUAAUCGCUGGAAAGUGUCAAUGUUUGAAGAAUCCGUUGAAAAAGGACUGAAAUUACUGAGAUCGAAAAGCGAAAUCCUAACUAGUGACUUGAAACUAACCCAAGAAACUACUAAAAGUAAUUUGAUUGACAAACUACUCGAAACAAUUAACAGUUUAUCAUCACAAUUUGAUAAUCAAUUCCACUCACACCGCCGUAGAUCAUCAAUUAGUUUUAGCAAAGAAGAUUCAAUUUUACGAUUCCUCGAAUCUGAAAGAUUGUACCUUAAACAAUUAGUACAAUUAAUUAGUUUUGAUCUAAACGAUUUCGACUCAGAAUCAUAUCUAUCAGUAGUUCAAGGGGAAACUCCGGAUUCUUGGUUAACUCAAUGGUCAACGGGACCGAAUGAGGUCGAAGAAUUUAUCAAAGGAUUGGUCAAUAUUAGUAGAUCAUUGACUAAUUAUUCACAUGGAAAUUCAAAUAAAGAUACAUUAGCCUUUGACCUUGGUUCUUUUAUGCAUCCAAUGGCUUUUAUCAAUUCAGUUCAACAAAAAGCAUCACGAUUCUUGGGAUCAACUAUUGAUGAGAUUGAAACUUUCUGUUCAUGGUCUGAGUAUCCAUCUAAUCAGCUGAAAAUUGGUCAAUCAUUUAGCUUAAUCAUCGAGGGAUUAUUAUUGGAAGGAGCUUUGUUUGAUUCUGGUUAUUUAAGAGAUUGUAAUAUCAAUUCUGAUCUUCGAGCUCGAUUACCUCAACUGAGGCUUCAUUUUGUUCCUAAGAAAUCAAAGUUUAACUAUGAUUACGAAUAUGUAUCUUUACCUGUUUAUGGAUCAAAAUCGAGAGAAUUACUAAUUACCUGGUUCGAUAUUCCCUGUAAGGCAAAUACUCAAGACGAUUGGAUUACUAGAGGAACCGCAAUUCUGAUCAACAACCAUUUAGAUGAUUCAAAAGAACUUUUAAUUGUUAAUUGUUCUAAAAUGAAUAUAAGGAUAUCCAGUGGCAGAAUUAAACAGGGCGAUUACACUAAACAGGUUUACACUUGGAUUAAAUUCGGACAAUAUAAAGAAGCAAUUAGUUUCUUGAGUGAACAAUCAUUGAUUAAUCACAAUUCUCGUGAAGCUUUGUCUCUUCUUGGUUAUUGUUUCUACAUGAUUCAGGAUUUCACCAAUGCUGCUUUAACAUAUGAAACCUUGAGUUCCCUUUAUCCAGAAAAUGACAAUUAUAAGCUUAAUUAUGCUCGCUCAUUGUAUCAAUUGUGCAACUUUGAUGAAGCCCUUAGGGUCACCUUAACAAUAGACAAUCGUAGUACGAUGAUUGAGAAAGGACAAUUGGUUAAAUUACAAUCGGUAAUAAAGUAUGGGCAAGAUGAUUUAACUGCAGCUCGAUCACUUAUUGACCAAUUGACAGCCGAUGAUCCUGAUCGUGAGGUGAAUCAAGGGUGCGUCUUGUACAAAGAAUCUCGUUACGAAGAGGCUUUGGCUAAAUUUCUUAAUGGACUAACCAUCGAAGGCUAUAAGCCCGAUCUAUCUUACAACGUGGCCUUAUGCUACUAUCAACUUAAACAGUACCAACAAUCGAUGAGAUUUAUUGGUGAUAUAAUUGAAAGAGGAAUUCGAGACCAUCCAGAAUUAAGCGUUGGAAUGACCACCGAAGGGAUUGAGGUUCGAUCAGUUGGUAAUACGAUUACUCUCCACGAAACCGCGCUGGUUGAAGCGUUUAACCUUAAGGCGGCAAUUGAAUAUCAGAAUAAAAAUAUGGCCGCUGCUCAAGAGGCUCUAACCGAUAUGCCACCACGUUCAGAGGAGGAACUUGAUGCUGUCACUCUUCACAAUUUAGCACUUAUGUCAAUCGACACCGAUCCAGCGGAGGGAUUUGAGAAGCUACAAUUUCUGAUCCAACAGAAUCCAUUUCCUCAGGAAACUUUCGCUAACCUUUUACUCCUUUACUGUAAAUAUGAGUACUACGAUCUAGCGGCCGAUGUGAUGGCCGAAAACGCUCAUUUCACCUACAAGUAUCUAACUCCAUAUUUGUACGAGUUUCUCGACGCUCUUAUAACCCAACAAACCUCGCCCGAAGAGGCUUAUCGGAAGUUUGAUGAGAUGUCAGCUAAACAUUGUGAUCUGUUGAGGAAAUUGUCCAAACAAAUACAAGAGGCUCGAAAUAACUCAACCCCCGAUGAGAAUGUCACCAAAAAGCUUACCUAUGAAUACGACAAAGCGCUGGAAAGCUUCAUGCCCAUUCUAAUGGCUCAAGCACGAAUCUAUUGGGACAUGGAAGCUUAUUCUCAGGUCGAAAAAGUUUUCCGUAAAUCGGUUGAGUUUUGUGCCGAUAAUGAUACUUGGAAAUUAAAUGUAGCCCAUGUACUUUUCAUGCAAGAAAAUAAGUUCAAAGAAGCGACUGGAUUUUAUGAGCCUUUGGUGAAAAAAAAUUACGAUAACAUUUUGAACGUUAGUGCGAUAGUUUUGGCCAAUUUGUGCGUCUCAUACAUCAUGACGGGCCAGAACGAAAACGCCGAAGAACUGAUGAGGAAAAUUGAAAAAGAAGAGGAGCAAUUAUCUUACUCAGAACCAGAGAGGAAAAUUUUCCACCUUUGUAUCGUCAAUCUCGUCAUUGGUACUUUAUAUUGUGCCAAAGGAAACUACGAGUUUGGCAUUUCCCGUGUCAUCAAAAGCCUCGAACCUUUCAACAAAAAACUCGGCACCGAUACUUGGUUUUAUGCGAAACGAUGUUUCCUUUCAAUGCUGGAAAACAUGGCCAAGCAAAUAAUCGUCAUGAAAGAUUCAAUUCUUCAAGAGUGUUUAACUUUCCUAACCAAUACCGAAGAGCACGGAACCACAAUCAAGGCCAUAAUUGAACCACCGCUCGAACUGGAAACGCUUCACCCAGGCAAAAAUACCGUUACUUAUGAAUCGCGUUUACUAAAAUCGCUGUUACUUCAAAUCAUGUAAAUACAACCAAUAGAAUCAAUAAAUUAA